GUUCUUCACAAGCACAAAGAUGCUGAUAAGCUGGUAGAUUUAAUGGAGUUGUACAAGGAGGAAGAUGAAGCUUAUUUGGAGCUGGUCACCGUGGCAACUGAAUUCUAUCAAUAUUUAUUGCUACCCUUCCGAGACAUGAGAGAACUGGCCACGUUAUAUAGACUUGAGAUUCUGAAAUCCUUGCAAGCUGACCGGCUGGGCCCCAAGAGGGUAGAAGCUUUGCAGAAGGAGGCCAAGGAAUGGACGGAUCAGGCCGAGGAAGCUGUGUGCUCCAUUCAAAACGUCACAGUGGGCUAUUUCAAGGAAACUGUGACUGCGCUCGCAGCAAUGCACAAACAGAUGGAGCAAGAUCAGAAGCGAUUUGGCCAAGCUGCCUGGGCCUCCGCUUCUCCAAGAUUAGAAAACUUAAAAUAUCUCCUUGCAAAAGAAAGCCUUCAGCAUAUGAGAGCCAGAGAAUUGUGCCUGAAGCACAAAAGAGUCGACAUCAGAAAGCAG